AUGUUAGCCCUGCUCUCGAGGCUGUUGCUUCUUGCCGCCGCCGCUAGCGCCCAGUUUGUCGACCAAGAGUAUCACAGCCGCAACUUCACCAUUGUCAAGUCACCCGGCAGCAGCAACGUCACCGUCGCAUACAAGGAGCCAAAUGGCGCUUGCAAGACGGCCUUUUCCUCUCAGCAACAGUACACGGGCUGGGUCAGCGUCCCCGGCGACUACCCCACCAACCUCUUCUUUUGGUUUGUCGAGGCCCGUCAAAAGACGGACAAGCUCACCAUAUGGCUCAAUGGAGGUCCAGGAUCCAGCUCCAUGUACGGCUUCUUCACAGGCAAUGGGCCAUGUGCUAUUGUCGAAAAGGGUCUCAACACAUACGAGACUGUUGCCAGGGACUGGGGCUGGGACCGCGGCUCCAACAUGAUCUUCAUCGACCAGCCCAACCAAGUUGGCUUCUCUUACGAUGUUCCCUCUGAUGGCACAAUGCUGUUUCCUAAUAACACUGUAAACAUUCCGCCAAACGCUACUUCAAGUACCAAAAACCCCUGGGCCGUUGCCAACGGCACAUUUGCCUCGAUGAACUCACAAUACACGGCCAACACGACUGAGAAGGCUGCUUUUGCGGUUUGGCACAUGCUCCAGGGAUUCCUUGGCACUUUUCCCCAAUACUUGCCACCAGCACCUCAACCUGUGUCCAUUAACCUGUUUGCGGAAAGCUAUGGUGGUCGCUACGGCCCCAUAUUUGCCGAUAUCUGGGAACAGCAGAACCAACUUCGCCGGGUUACGCCUGCAAGAACAAAUUCAACGCGCCAGGUACAGCUCACCUCUCUUGGCAUCGUCAACGGCUGCGUUGAUCAAGAGAUCCAGCAAGCUCUUUCUCCCAAAUUCGCUACCACCAACACAUAUGGCUUCAAGGCCUACAGCGAUGAGGAGGCCAAGUUUUACACGGACAAGUUCACCGCCGCUGGCGGAUGCGCCGAGAGGCUCAGACGAUGCGCCAACCUUGUCGAAACUUUUGACGCCAACGGCACCGGCACUACGAAUGGUGUCAAUCAGGCUUGCCAAAGAGCCAAUAGUGUAUGCACCGACGUCGACAGGCCAUAUUUCGCUGCUGGAAGAAGUCCUUAUGACCUCUCUGCGCCAAUCACAGACCCUUUUCCGCCAUAUAGCUUCGUCGAUUACCUGAACCAAGACUCUGUGCUUUCCGCCAUUGGCUCGCCGGUCAACUAUAGCAUGAAUAGCAACGCAGUCUGGUUUGCUUUUGACGCAACUGGCGACCUCUCUAGAGGCCAGAUUAUACCGCGACUAGCUAAGCUUCUCAACCAAGGCGUCCGUAUCGGCUUCAUAUAUGGCGACAGAGACUACAUCUGCCACUGGUUUGGUGGCGAGGCCAUCUCGCUGCAAGUCGCCAAAGAAGCUGGCGGUCAAUACCUCACCCAAUUUCCGGCAGCAGGCUACUCGCCCAUUAUUGUCAACAGUGAGUAUAUUGGCGGCGAUGUGCGCCAAUUCGGCAACCUAUCGUUUAGUCGUGUCUUCCAAUCCGGACACUCUGUGGCGUCAUAUCAACCUGAGACGGCGUUUCAAAUCUUUUCUCGCCUCACGACUGGCACCUCAGUCUCAACUGGGCAGUCCAUCGACCUGAGCACGUAUAGCACGUCUGGCUCAGCCAACUCAACUGCCACAGGCAAGCUGCCCAAAAUGAAGGAUACUGUCUGCUAUAUACGCGCAUUUCGAGAAACAUGCGACGAGGACGCGCAACAGUUGGCUGCCAGCGGUGACGGAGUCGUCAUCAAUGGUGUCCUUUAUAGUUCUUCUGCAGAUUGGUCACUCAUGACCAAGACGUCAACCCCGACCAAGGUUGUCACCACGAAGACAUCGAGCGCGACCCUAACCGGUGCGUACACGGCGACGGAUACGCCAAGGAAUGCGGCUGCAAGAGCAAGGCCAUCAUCAGCAUUUAAUAUUGCUGCGCUACUCGGCGCGGCAUUGUUGCCAGUGAUGGACUGGAUCUAA